CGCCACCGCCACCACCACCACAACUACAACUACCCCUCACCUGACUUCACGUCCCACCUAACACCCCUCCACAACCACAGCCACCCGCCCCGCCACCCCUCCGCACACUCCCACAUCAAUGGCCUUCACCUCGCGGGCCAAACGCUCGUUCGGCUUUGGCGCACCCACUCCUGCCGCUGUAGGUCCGGGCGCAUACAACGUGCCGUCGGGCAUUCGCGUGGGGCGGCGGUCGGCGGCUCCGUUUGGGACGUCGAGCAUGCGAGCGGUGCAUCUGCCGCCGGCCGGCUCACCUGGGCCGGGCUCGUACGAUGUGGCGCAAGCCGCUGGUCUCACCAUCCAGACCCGGCCGGCACAUCAUGCAGCGCGCGGGCGGGUUGUCCCGUUCGGAUCGCGCGCCUCGCGGUUUCCGCGGUCGCACGCCAGGGCUGCGCGUCCCGGCGCCCCCGAACACGCCGCCUCUCUUGCUGCCGGGCCACACUCUGGUGCAGCCGCCAGCGAACGCCUCGCCUCUGCCCUUGAUCGCGCCGCUGAACAACGCCAGCGCCACCUCGCCUUGCGCAUUCCGCGUGGCCGUCGCGGUGCCGCCGCCCCUGCUGGCCGUCUGGGCCGCUCAUCUGUUCCAUCUAUCCCGGCCUCCCGCUCGGGACACGGCUACGAUGAAGAUGACCGCGGAAACUUGGUUCCGUAUCCGGCUGACGAUCACGCGGCUGUUUCAAAGCUCGGCCCGGGGCCAAGCACCUACACCCCGCGUGACACCAUUUUGCGCUCCCGCGUCCCUGCCCCAUCGCUCGCCGGCUACGCCGGCCGAAAAUCCUCUCCCCGCGCCUCGGCCGCCAAAGACACUCCUGGUCCGGGCUCCUACGCCGUCUCCGAAGCCUACUCUGCCACCAUCACUAGCAACACACGCUCGCCGCGUCGCGCCGCGCCUGUCCCCUUCAACACCACUGCCCGCCGCGUCCCACUCACUGCUCCCAACGCCGACGCCCUCCCCGGUCCAGGAUCGUACGAGCUCGAUCAGACUCCACUCUACGCUCCCAAGUCGUUCAAUGUCACCUACGACGAUGUCUACAUGUGAGGUCGUUGUUCUCCCUCGUGAUGCGAGCAGCUUGAUCCAGUCCGGGUAUCUGCUGCCUCUCUGCAUUACUGUGAUCCUUGAAGUAUUUGCCAGUCAUAAGCCGCCGUUAAUCCAACUGAAGUGCGCUAGCUUGGACAACG